AUGAUUCAGACACUCCUCCAGAAAGGAGUCGUCGACCGGGGCAGUGACACCGUGUUUUGUCACGUCUGCCCUAAGAAAAAGUUUUUAAUACUUGGGCAGAGAAGUCACGAAAAAUCGCGAUACGCAGGCGUCACACUUUGGCUCGCCAUGCUUGGACUGGCGAGCCCUCAAUCGCUGCCAGCUGAUUUAGACACACCCCCAUUUAGUACUCUCUACAAGUGGAAAUAUGUGGACUUUGAGUUCCCUACUGAAGGGCAUAGAAGGCAGGCAAUAUCGUCAGGAAAAUUUAUACCAGAGAACGUGCUACCUUUGGGCUUAGAGAUUUGGGGUUCCCGAGUCUGGGUCACGAUACCAAGCUGGAAGCAAGGAGUGCCUGCUACGCUGGCAACUGUGCCCCGCUCUGGAGGAGUUGUCUCUCCACGGCUUGUGCCAUACCCUGACUGGAGCUACCACAGAGCUUUUAUUUCAGAUCAAGACCCAUGCUCCGGACUGACAUCAGUGUUUCGGAUCAGUAUAGACCAAUGCGGUCGCUUAUGGGUAUUAGAUUCCGGGCAAAUAGAUUCAACAGAUUCUCCAAAACAAAUCUGCCCUCCAACUAUAGUUGUAUUUGAUUUAAACACGGAUACUUUACUAGCCCGUUAUACAAUACCAGAAAAAUAUGUCCUCCAAGAUUCUCUCUUCUCUAAUAUUAUCGUGGAUUCGCGCUCACCAGACUGUUCCGAUUUACACGUCUAUAUCACAGAUACUUGGAGAUUUGGUCUAUUAGUAUUUCGAGAAAGAGAUAGCGAAUUCUGGAGAUUUUCUCACCAUCUCUUUUACCCGGACCCACUGGCUUCUAACUUCACUCUUCACGGUCUCAACUUCCAAUGGUCGGACGGUAUAUUUGGCUUAGCCCUCACGCCAGUCAAUUACUACAGCGAACGAAUACUGUACUUCCACGCAAUGUCCAGUUACAGAGAAUUUUCCGUGAAAACAUCUGUACUACGGGACUCUUCUCGUGUCAAUAAUAGUGCCACAGAAUUUAAUUUGGUAGGAGAUAGCAGAGGUCUCUAUGGACAAUCUUCAGCGUCGGCAAUAGAUAAGAACGGUGUGAUGUUCUACGGAUUAGUUACCCGUGAUAGUAUAGGCUGUUGGGAUACUAAGAAGCCUUAUCAUAAAAGUACAACUGGUGUGGUAGCCACAAAUGCGGAGACUUUAAUAUUUCCAAACGAUGUAAAAGUGGACCAGGAGGAGCGUCAGAGUGUCUGGGUCAUAUCAAAUAAACUGCCGAUGUUUCAAAACGCUCCCUUGGAUUCAAAUGAUUACAACUAUCGUAUUAUGUAUGCAGAUACAGGUGAUGCUAUAAGAGGAACAAUUUGUGACCCAAACCUUGCUCCAGCACAAAUACCAUUCUUUCAUUCUGGGCCAGUACUAAAAUAG